UAUAUUCCUCAUGAAAGGUGUAAUUUUUGAAAAAGCCAUAAUUUAUUCAUUCUUCUUUUUUUAUAGACUUGCUUAUCCAAAGAAUAUUAAUACCGACAGAGGGAGAGGGGGGGAAAGAAAGCAAUCAUCUUCAUCAUCAUGAUCAUCAUCUAACCAAGCUGAAAACCUGUGUUUUUGUUGAGCAAGUGGAGAAUGGAAGAAUGAUACAGACAGAAUUUAGGGAAUAGACUGAAUAUUUUUGUGUUCAGUGUUAAAGAUGCAGCGUGUUCGAGUUUCAGCACACCAAGCUCCUGUGCAGAAAUUAGGGGAUUCCCAAAUCACAUUAUCUCCCAAGUUUAGGUUAGCAGCAUGGCAAUCCUCUUCCCUCUCAAGCCAAACAUCAGAAUCAGAAUUCUCACCUUGUAUAGAACCCUUAAUUCCUGGUCUUCCUGAUGAUAUUGCACUUAACUGCCUUCUUCGAGUUCCAGUUGCAAGUCACUCAUCCUGCAGAGCUGUUUGCAAGAGUUGGCAUCUGCUUCUAGGAAGUAAAGAACGAUUCUUCACACAAAGGAAGGAGUUAGGUUUUCAAGAUCCCUGGCUCUUUAUAUUCGCCUUCCAUAAAUGCACCGGAAAGAUUCGAUGGGAAGUUCUAGACCUUACAAGUUUUUCUUGGCACACAAUUCCACCAAUGCCAAGCAAGGACCGGGACUGUCCUCAUGGGCUGAGGUGUAUCUCUAUCCCCUUUGAAGGAACUCUCUUUGUUUGUGGUGGUAUGACUUCUGAUAUGGGUUGUCCUCUUGAUUUGGUCGUGAAGUACGAAAUACAUAAAAAUCGUUGGAGUGUGAUGAACCGAAUGCUCACGGCCAGAUCAACUUUUGCAAGUGGAGUUAUAGAUGGAUGUGUUUAUGUUGCUGGUGGAAACAGUGCCGAUCUGCUUGAGCUCAAUUCAGCAGAGGUUUUAGACCCGACUGACGGCCAGUGGCAUCCCAUUGCAAAUAUGGGAGCUCAUAUGGCGUCUUACGAUGCAACAGUUCUAAAUGGCAAGCUUUUGGUUACUGAAGGUUGGCUUUGGCCCUUCCUAUUCUCUCCUAGAGGUCAAGUGUAUGACCCCAAAUCUGACAGGUGGGAAACUAUGGCUGCCGGAUUAAGAGAAGGUUGGACAGGUUCAGGUGUUGUUGUUGAUGGGCAUCUGUUUGUAGUUUCGGAGCAUGAGAGGAUGAAAUUAAAAGUAUAUGUGAUGGAGACUGAUUCUUGGGAAACAGUACCCGGCGCACCAGUACCUGAACAGAUAUGUAAGCCGUUUUCUGUAAAUUCUGAAGGUCGCAUUAUUUAUAUUGUCGGUUGUAAUCUACAUGUUGCUAUUGGCCACUUAACAAGGUUGAAGGAAAAAACUAAUCAGAAAUUCUUGGUUCAGUGGCAAGUUGUGGAUGCACCUAAAGGUUUCUGCGACCUAAAACCGUUAAGCUCUCAGGUUCUUAUCGCCUAGCAUUUGAUUGUUAUUCUUCAUCAAAUAUUUAUCCUUUGAUUACUGUUUGAAUGAUCCGGAUUGUUUUUGUUUGAUGAGCAAUGGUCCAGAUUAUUAAACUAGUAAGACUGUGAGAGCUGUCCCUUCUAGUUGUAAUAUUAGUAGGAUUUCAGUUUUUGUUUGAUGAGCAAUGGUCCAGAUUAUUAAACUAGUAAGACUGUGAGAGCUGUCCCUUCUAGUUGUAAUAUUAGUAGGAUUUCAGUCUGUUCAACGGCAAACAGCCUUUUGAGUAUGUUUUGCUCUUUUGAGUACGCUUUGUGUUAUGGCAUCAAGAAAGAAAUAAAACCUCAAAUGGAUUUCCAACC